AUGGUGCUCAGUACUGAGUGGUCUCAAGUAGAGAUAAUAGAUUUGAUCAACGAUGGUAACGGACUUGGUUUCAUGCUGGUCGGUGGCCGAAGCACGGGUGUAGUGAUCAAGGCUCUCAUACCGGGCUCGGUGGCAGAACGGGAUGGUCGUUUACAAAGCGGCGACCAUGUGCUGCAGAUCGGAGAAGUCAAUUUGCGUGGCUUUAACUCGGAGCAAGUGGCUACUGUGCUGCGCCAGUCUGGCCAGCAAGUGCGACUGAUCGUGGCGCGGUCGGUAGAGCCGACCUCGCCGGAUUAUAAGGCUCUCGCCAGCCAUGCCCCAAUCAUUCCGACCAAGAUGCUAACCGACCCCGACGAGCUGGACAGGACAUUACUUCAGACGGCCGGUUACACACCUGGGGUGUUCCUGCAGUCAUCCGCUUCCAUUGGGUCUGCCUUUGCCCUCGACAACCGUACUAACUGCCCAACACACAUUGAAGUCGUAGCAGUUAACCACAGAGCGUUCGAAGCCGCCAGUUGCCUCGAGACCUUAGCACUAAUGGGAAACGGAAGAACCGCAUCGCUGGUAUCAGGCAACGGAGUAGUGGCACAUCAUCAUUCUUCGACUAUUAUCCAAGACGGCGGUGGAGGCGGAGUGGCUGGCAGUGUAAAUAAAGAAUUACAGCACGAAUGUACCGAAAGACAAGCGGAAACGAAAAUGACCCCAGAGUCACCCGAGACAGAGACAUACGAAGUGGAGUUGCACAAGAACGUAUAUGGGCUCGGUAUCACUGUCGCAGGGUACGUAUGCGAGGAGGAAGACCUUUCCGGUAUCUUCGUAAAGAGUAUCAUCGAGGGGAGCGCUGCAGAAGUGAGCGGUAGAAUAGCAAUUAACGACCGGAUCGUGGCGGUAGACGGACGCUCGUUGGCCGGCGUCACUAACCAUCAGGCGGUGGAGUUGCUCCGUAACACUGGCAUCGUCGUUCGGCUUAUGCUGGAGCGGUUUCUGCGUGGCCGUAAGUAUGAGCAUCUUCAAGUGGCGCUUAUCGACCCUUCGUCGAAACCGUGUCUCACCACGGUUCGGAACAAAAUCACGCCCCCAGUAUCCUGUCAACCGAUGAUCGAACGCGGUUACAUACUAAACGGCGGAGUUGACAGCGGUGCUAACGACCAUGCUGCAGAGUCCACCGCACACAUCACGGAACUAUCCCAUUCGCAGCACUCACUUUCGCAUUGCUUGUCACAGUGCACCUCGUUACGCUGCUCGAUCAUGCAAUCGCCAUCGGUGACGACGCUCUCCAUCUGUCCUGCUCGCUCCGACGCCGACUCUGUAGUGACGGAAUGCGGCGUCGAACCUGAGCUGGAAUCAGGUUCGACAUUUGACUCCAGCGUGUUUGUGCUUGAAAACGGUAGUGAAUUGUCGUUCGGCGGGUGCGGGGGCGUUAACGGCGGCAACGAUAGUAAAUCACGCUUAAACGGCGAGGAGUAUCCCAGCCCAGACACUGAAGGGGCAGAGACAUUAUUUAAGAAUGGUGUGACGGCAUUGGCACUAUCGAGUACGUUAAUCGUUGGUCCUAUCGCGCAGUCUCCACUGCCAGCACCAACGAAUGGCGACAGUAGUGGUAGCUGUGGUACGCCGACUACGGCGGGAGCGGCAAACCGAAGGAAAAGUGGUGAUGACACAGAUGACGACCUGGUGCUGGAGCGAUGGUCUCGCGAAAUCCCACAAAGUCAGAUCGUCAUGGCUGAUAUUCGUAAGCUGGCCGGUCUCGGCAUCAGUCUUGAAGGUACGGUUGAGGUGGAGUGUGGCGUGGAGCUGCGACCCCAUCAUUACAUCCGCUCGAUACUGGAGGAUGGCCCGGUCGGGCGCAACGGUUCACUCAAACCGGGAGACGAACUAUUGCAGGUGAACGAGCACCGGCUGCAGGGUCUACGGCACAUCGAGGUUGUCAAGAUCUUGAAGGAGCUGCCAGCGCAGGUUCGGGUGAUUUGCGCACGUGGCAGUUCGCCACCGACUGUUAUCAACACGUCGCGCAACGCGGAAGCAUUUGAGGCGCGGAGCCUGUUGGCCGGUGGGCUGCAGAGUUUACAGUAUAUUCAGGGCAUCCUCACGAAGGCACAGUCCGAGAGCUCGCUCUACACAUCCAGCACAGCAACCCUUACCGACCAGCAGCGAUCAAAGUCGAUGGAACAGGUGUCCGGGCUGGCGCUUUGGACCAGCGACGUACUGUACUGUGACAUCGAAAAAACCGAGCGUGGGUUCGGGUUCUCAAUUCUCGACUAUCAGGACCCGCUCGACACCGACGGCACGGUGAUCGUAGUGCGUGGCCUUAUUCCGGGCGGUUCGGCCGAGGCCACCAACUUCAUCUUUCCCGGCGAUCGACUUGUAUCUGUCAACGGGCACAGUCUGCAAAGUGCCAGCUUGGACCAGGCAGUAAGUGUUCUGAAGGGUAUACCACUCGGAACAGCGUGCAUCGGAUUGUCCCGGCCGCUCUCGGCUUCCGACAACAAUCUCUCCUCUGCGCCAGAAACGCCCACCGCCUAG